AUGUCAAAUAAAUCUAAAUCAUCAAAAUCUAAUAAUCAAACAAAUAAAACUUUAUCUGAAUUUGAUCGUGGUUCUGUUCAAAUUGUUAAUCAUUUCUCAAUAUUAACAGACUCGGAAGGGAGAUUUCUUCAAUUACUUUUUUUUUCUUUACUUGAAGUCCUUUCAUUAAAACUAACGGAUAAUGAUCCAAUUAAAUCUCGUUCUUUAUUUCAAUUAUUAAUUCAUUCUCUUCAAAUUAGUAAAAUCCUUCCAAUAUCAAUGAGUUUAUCUGCUAAUUCAAUUCGACAAUCAAAUCUCUUUCAAAAUUAUGCACGGAUUUUACAAGAAAAAAAAGAUUAUGCGAAAGUUUUACUUUCAACACAAUCAUCUUCAAAUAUUAGUAUUGAUAUUUCUCAAGCUGAUAUUCAAUUGCGAGUGCCUAUACCUUUAACAAUCAAUGAAACUGUAACAACGAAUGAUUUUGAUAAUAUUGUUGUUUUUCGUUAUGUUCAAGAUUUUUAUGAAGUUAAUAAACUAGGAAAAGGUGCUUUUGGUUCAAUAGUUCGUGCGAGAAAUCGUUUAGAUAAUCGUAUGUGUGCAAUAAAAAAAAUUGUUUUUAAUGAAAAUACCGCUCGAACUCGACGGCAAGCAAAACCUGCUUUAUGUGAACUCGAAUUCGUACCUAUACCCGUUCAAACAUGUACACGUAGAGCAUCAUCAUCACAAAUAAAAAAACCUCUUUCUCCAGUUAAACAAUUUGAUUCUCUUGAUGAAUUGAUUCAAUUUGAAGGACAAUCUGCAUUAUCACCAGAAAGUAAAAAGGAAAACGAGGAAGGAAAAUCACCACAGAAAAGUUCAACAAUAUCAACAUUACAAGAAGAUGAUGAAGAUGGAAAUGAAAUAUCAGUAGAUGGAAUAAAUAAUAAACAUUCUGAUUUAUCAAUUCAUCAUGAAUAUCAUUCUAAUGGUGGUAACCGUUCAUUAUCUUCAUCAAAAAUGUCUCUUCAACAUUCAACAUCUUAUUUUCUAAAAUAUUAUCUUAUUAUUCAAAUGCAAUUAUGUGAUACAACAUUACAUGAUUGGUUACAUUAUCGUGAUCAAGCAAUUGUUGAUGAAACAUCUGAUGAAAAGAAAAAUGUAUUCUAUUCAUUAAAUGAUUUAGAAUUAAUUCCUGACUUUCCUGAACCAUUUCCAAAUGAUGAAUCAACAGGUGUUGAGACAGCUUUAUAUGCACCACUGGAACAACUUAAUUCAAGUCAUUGUAUUGCAACACCCAAAUCUGAUUCAUAUAGUUUAGGAAUUGUUCUUUUUGAAUUAUUUAAUAUAUUUCCAACUGAAAUGGAACGAUAUUGUUGUUUAAGUAAUUUACGUAUAAAUUCGAAAGUUGAUGAACAAUUUUCUGAAUAUUAUCCAUUUGAAACAACUAUUAUUGAACAAUUAGUAUCAAUUGAAAGUGAAAAACGAUCGAGUCUUGAACGAUUGUUAUCAAUGUUUGCAAAAGUAACUCAACAAAGAAUGAAAAAACAACAUAAUAAUACAAAAAUGAUUAUUGAACAAUUACGAGCAAAAUUACGUGAUAGAGAUUAA